GUUAUGAGAAGAGAUAUAUUGCAAGGGCUAAUCCGAGAAUAAUGACGAAUAAUUAAAUCAGUUCGAAAGUCGAAUAAGGCAAAAAUAAACUGCUCUUUCUAUGAGUCUAAUGUUGUUCUAUACGAUGAAUAUAAAGUACAUGUAUCCUGAAAAACCAGCACUCUCCUGCUUUUAAGUACAUGAUUUAGAAUUUAUCUUUGAGUGGCUGGCUAUGGGUAGUACUGGCAACGAUAAUUCGGAGAAUUUAGGGCCGUCCUUGCUCGCUGUUGCAUGGGUUUUUACUGGUAUAUCGACACUGGUUGUUGCUAUGAGAUUCUACGUCCGCAUAGGCAUCCUACGGAAGUUUCACCUGGACGAUUGUAUAGUUGAGGGUACAAAAUGUCAGUUAUGCGUAAUAGGCAAUUCCGUCCUCCUCACGAUCGCAGUCUCGUGUGGGUUUGGAAAGCACGUUAACAAUCUCUCCGACGUCGAGAUUAGGAACUCCAUGAAGUGGUUAUACUCGUGCAAAUUCUUCGGUAUCAUGAAUCCGCUAUUCGGCCGCAUUUCGUUUGCUUUCCUACUGUCGGAGCUCAUUCCACCGUCUAGGUUAAGGCGGAUAUUCUUAUGGACUCCAGUCGGUGUCCAUUUUAUGGCUGAUUUUAUGACGGUCGUCAUCGUCUAUACGCAAUGCCGGCCAUCUCGGGGAUACUGGGACAAAACCAUUAAAUUCUACUGCCGUUCCCCAACAGUAGAGAAGUGCGGUGCUUAUGUUCAAGGCUCCUUAGGUUCCGUGGCUGACUUGGCUCUGGCUGUAUUCCCGUGCACUCUUUUCUGGAAUUUAAAUAUGCAUUGGAAGCAGAAAGCAAUCCUGAGUUCAAUAAUGGGACUUGGAGUCUUGUAAGUUGCAUAAUUCCAUACCUUUCGCGUUUGUGAUGUUGAGGAGACCACAACUCACUCUUAGAUACAUUUCAGUGCCAUGAUCGCUUCCGUCGUUAAAACAGUCGAACUUCAAGCACUCACUCACACUGAUGACCUAACUUGUACGCAGAGAACUAAUAACUACUCUAAACAUAUCAGUCAAAGCUAACCAUAUACGCGGUCAUAGACCAAAUGGCGAAGCUUGCAAUAUGUUGGACCCUCGAGGCUCACAUUGUACUCAUUUCUGCCUCGAUACCAACUGCCAGGGCAAUCUUCAAGACGCGAAAAUCUCUUGGUGAUAGCCGCAGUGGUAAUUCUAACGAAAUGAACACUUUUAUGAAAUGGAAACGUGCUAUGGGUGGGAAUAGCCCUCAUGAUGGUAUAAGCGGCAUAAGAAAAGAGACAACAGUAUCAACCACAUUCGACUCAGAUCCGCAACUAGCGUACACCCAACACCACGUAUUAGAGAAUGACUGGGAAGAAAUAUGAAGUUUGAAGUUUAUCUAGAAAACAUAACUAGGUAGACUUAGUUAUUAUAAGAAAU